AUUCAUUGCGGCUGCUGGUGCGACCAGUGCGGGGGUGGAUGAGUGUGGUACUGAUCUUAUCUUUGGGGAGGGCGAUGAUGCAUUCAAUGCUGAUCGAUUCUUGAGGAUCGUACCUGAAGUCCUAUUCGCGACCCUGGCACAGCAGACAAUCGCCUGGUCCACAGUUGAGUGGAUGACCGAAGCAGCCGAACAGUUACCCAAGGCAGUCGAGGCAUUGCAGAGAUGGGAUAAGGAAGGAGAGUCCUCCUCAUUGUCGUUGGCAGUACGAGCUCUCGCCAGCAGUCUUGCUAGAUCGGGGCAUAGCAGUGCUGGCCAGAAGCUGGCGCGGGCUAUACUGCAAGCCUUCGCGAGUUUACUGCACAACUCCUACAGUCCUGUAGACUCGGCUGAGUAUUCGUCCACCACCAUGGCUUUGGCUUUCACAGACGGCCCGCCUCAGCAGCGUACUGCGGGCUAUUACGAUAGUCCUACUCAAACGCCUGAGGUGGUGGCUAGACAGAUUGGGGAAGUCUGGAGAAGGAAGGUCUUGAAGGCACUGGAAGAACAGUGCCGGAGGGAAGCGGGUAUGGGUCUAGUUCAGCUUCUUGUUGAGAAGUGCCGUGCGAACCAGUCGCCACUACGAUAUGAUACCAACGCGCUCAAACUCCUAGUCGAACUGAGCCGUGCUACGGACAUCGCAGCUGCGGAAGAUAUGCUCGCAGUAUUAGAUGAAGAUGGUGGAGCACAGCAGCACCUGUUAUACGAGGCGUUGGCUCUCGCCACUGCCAACCGGUGUUCUGUCCUGAAGAGUGAUGGUGAUGGUAUCCUAUCAAUAGGCUUGGUAUUCACCAUAGUGAGCUCUACGCUGGUCACUAGGGGGAGGGGUAGUCCUAGUAGUCUAACACGGAAGGACAGAGUUGAGGAAUUCUUGGACAGGGCGGUGGCUGCUGCUCGGAGUGCUAAGGACUGUCAGCAAACUCUGUCCCUUCCCGCGUUAUUCAUGUUUCUGGCGUAUCUGCUAUCAGUAGUGGUGUCACUCACCACGGCGUCGGACCUGCCCAGGUCGGAGAUCAAGGCUAUGCUGUUGUCCUCUGGUAUUGUAGAAGCGUUCGUUUAUGAGCUGUGCUACAUCGGGUCCUCAUUGGUGCCCAGGAGUAGCAAUCCACACGUGGCUAAGUGGCUGAGCUGGUCCGGAAAAUAG